AAAUACCGUCCCAUCCCUAACCCUAAAACAUUUCUAUUUUUUUCGGUAUAAUUCAAAAGUAAAUAGGCAGACUUUUGCCUUAUUGAUGCUUCAACAAUUAUACAAGCAGUGUAUUUUAUUCAAUUGAAUAAAUGAUUUGAAAAAAUUGAAAAUGCUUCUUACUAGACUAGGAAGAUUUUUCAGGAUUAAUUUCCGUAGAAAUUAUAAAGAAAGUAAUUCUUCACAAGUAAUUUAUUUACCUAGAUAUAGAUAUAAUAAAUAUUUUUUCAAUUAUGACCAAAUAAAGUAUUUAACAAUGGUAUUAUCUGGAUAUUGUGCUUAUGCAUAUUGUAAUAAAGAUUUCAUAAUUCCAAGAGUAAAUGCCGAUGCUAAACAUCUCUUCAAUCCUGGAGGAAGAAAAAACUUUAAUUUCUUAGCUGAUGUUGUGGAAAUAGUGGCUCCAGCUCUAGUUUACAUUGAAAUUAAGGAUAAAAGAUUAGAUUUUUUCACAGGCAGGCCCAUCACAAUUUCAAAUGGUUCUGGUUUUCUAGUUGAGUCUGAUGGCUUAAUUGUUACAAAUGCUCAUGUUGUUACUAAUAGAGCUAGUGCUAUAGUUGAAGUUAAAUUGUAUGAUGGAAGAACUUACAAAGGUGUUAUUGAAAGUGUUGAUAUACAAAGUGAUUUGGCUACAGUGAGAAUUCCCGAGAAAAAUCUUCCGGUUAUGAAAUUGGGAAAUUCUUCUAAUUUACGCCCUGGAGAAUUUGUUAUUGCUUUAGGAAGUCCUUUAGCAUUGAGUAAUACAGUUACCUCUGGUGUAGUCAGUUCUGUUCAUAGAGGUUCACAAGAACUUGGUCUUAUGGGAAAAGAUAUGGCAUAUAUUCAGACUGAUGCAGCUAUUACUUUUGGAAAUUCUGGAGGACCAUUAGUAAAUUUGGAUGGAGAGGCAAUAGGUGUCAACAGUAUGAAAGUAACACCUGGUAUUUCUUUUGCUAUACCGAGUAACUAUGUGAAAGAGUUUUUGGAUAAUUCAAAGAAACAUGCAAUAAGAGGACCUAACCAUACAAAACGAAAAUAUCUGGGUAUAACAAUGAUAACCCUAUCCCCUCAGCUUGUAAUAGAACUUCAGUUGAGAAGCACCCAAAUUCCUAGAGAUAUGCAAAGUGGAGUUUUAAUUUGGAAAGUAAUUUAUGGAUCACCAGCUCAUUCAGCUGGGCUACAUCCAGGUGAUAUCAUAACUCAUGUUGAUGGUAAACAAGUAUCAGGGACUAAUGAUGUAUAUUCAAUGUUGGAAAACUCAGUUGCAAAUGCUUUGGUCUUAACAGUGUUUCGUAAUGGUAGAAGUAUGGAUAUCAAAGUGAUACCAGAACCUUAGAACAAUACUCUUGAUUAAAUUUAAGAAUGAACCAAUAAAUUUUUUAUUGAAUGUGUUACAUAA